AUGGCGGGAUGUUUUGUCUCACCAUGUGGUCCAGCGGCGAAUAUCACUUGGUUCGUGAAUAAUAAUAAGAUAGAAAGCAAUACAGAUGCUAUAAGAUUAUACAAGAAACGAGACGAACAAAUUCCAUUGUUGGGACUGUGGACUUCCAGAUCAAAAAUGGAAAUAAAGUUAGAAAAGUCUCACGUUAUUCAAGGACUGAUCAGAAUAAAGUGUAUGGCAUCUAUUUAUUCCAUAUGGAACGUUUCAGUGGAAGAAGAUUUGAGAGAUGAAACACCUAAAUUUGCUCAAAUUUUGGGGUCUACGACUUUUCAUGAACAGAUGAACACAAUAACAGCUAUAACCAUGGUAUUUACUAAAAGUGACAUGGAAGCCAUCAAAACGUUGAUUAAGUCAACUAUUAGUGACCAAUUACAGGAUAUCGCUGAUAGAGUAGAACAAAUAAUCAGUGAUACAAUGGAGAAGAAGUUUAAGGAACAGAGUGAUGCAAUAAAGAAAUUAAACAGCGAAAUUAUUAGCCUUAAAAAGGAAAACAUAGGCCUGAAAUCUGCAUUGGAUGCGCACGAGCAAGCCACCCGUAAUUCGAAUAUCAGAAUUUUUGGCAUUCCACAAACCGACGGCGAGAACGUUCGCAGGCAAGCAAUUGACUUAAUUACCAAUAAACUUAAGGUAAAGAUAAAUAAUGCCGAUAUUAACUGGUGUCACAGAGUCAGAGCAAAAAAUCCAGUCGAAGAUGACCUUCCAGUAGAACCUAAUGAAAAUCUGAAUGGUAAAAAGUAUUUUUUUAUUUGGUCUCCAUUUUUUUCUUCAUUAGAAGAUUAUAUUGAUGUUCCAGUUCCGAAUCAAGGACAACAAGAUCCUGCAAAUAGGAAACGGCAAGUUAGCAAAUUUGCCAAGGAAACUCAAGACAAUGUUGCAAAAUACAAGAAGCCCAAAAGAGAUGCGCAAGCAAACCAAACAUCAGAAGCUGACUUUUCGGGAGUUACCAAGAAAAGAAAGAGAAGCCAACCGUCCUACAACACUAAUAAAAAAAAAUCUUCAUUCUUAGGUAUGCCAGAACAAUAUGCCACGAAUGUGUGGGUUCAGAUGAAGCAAGCGAUGAUCAAUCUUCUGAUUAAUACUUACAUUGGUUUCUUACUAUAA